AUGAAGUCUGCUAUCCUCUUCGGCCUUGUUGCCUGUGCUGUGGCUGCGCCUACGCACCAUGAGGUGAUCAAGAGAGGAAACUUGCCUACGCCAGUCUCAGCAGCGACGGCCAGGUCUUAUCUGAGCUCGAUUCCGACAGAGGCGGAAAACAACAGCCCAGCUUACGAUCGCGACCUAUUCAACCAUUGGAUCACCAUUUCGGGCAAUUGCAACACUCGCGAGACUGUACUCCAGCGUGAUGGAUCGAAUGUCGUGACUGACAGCGCAUGUGCCUCCACUUCCGGCUCGUGGUACUCUGACUACGACGGUGCAACAUGGACGGCGGCCUCUGACGUGGACAUUGAUCAUCUUGUCCCCUUGAGGGAGGCUUGGGUGUCGGGUGCUCGUAACUGGGACAAUGCUCGGCGACAGCAGUUCGCCAACGAUAUCACUCGACCACAGCUGCUGGCCGUGACCGACAACGUCAACCAGAGCAAGGGUGACCAAGAUCCUGCAGAAUGGCUUCCCAGCCGUACGGCAUAUCAAUGCACAUAUAUUCGUGCUUGGGUUCAAGUCAAGUACUACUACGGCCUGAGCAUGGACAGCGCCGAGAAGACGGCAGUGACUAACAUUCUGAAUGGAUGCUAG